AUGAAAGGCCUCGCGUUCCGCAAGCUGAGCCGGUCGUCGUCGCACCGCAACCACUUGCUGCGGAAUCUAGUCACCUCUCUUUUGGAGCACGAGCGGAUCGUAACGACGGUUGCAAAAGCAAAAGAAGCGUCACGAUGCGCUGAAAAAAUCAUCACGCUGGGCAAGCGCGGCACGCCGACCGCCAUGUCUAGCGCUCAGUCCUUCCUCUUCUCGCACCAGCACUCGCUGCGCCGCGUGGAGGCCAUGGCGAAGCGCUACGCGGACCGCCCCGGCGGCUAUACCCGGAUCCACCUGAUGGGCCACCGCAAAGGCGACCAUGCGCCACGCGCGAUUUUGGAGCUUGUGGAUAACCCUACCGACGUAAAGCUCGAUAUGGUAGCGCGUGCUAUGGCGCGCGAGGCGGAUAUCAUCCUGCGCCGCGCACAGAAAAACAUCCCGUUCGCCGAACUCAGCGCGCUCCUCGCCGCCCAAGCCGAUAUCCCGCUCGAGCACGACGAGCGCUUCGCACCGCUCACACGCAAGAACAUUGCCAAGCUCGUGCGGUACCGCGGCGAGAAAGCGCGCGAGCAGCUGCGUGCAAAAGCGACGCAUUACCUCGAGCGCCUGCGCGCCGCCGAGCACGUCGAGGGCACGUACCGCCAAGAUACACAGCGCUGGGACGCACUCGAGCUUGCGAGCCCCAGCCGCGGACGCACGCUGAUGCGCCCCAUGACGGGCAAGCGCCUCCUUGCCGGCGCACUCAGCCCCGAGACCGCCGCACAAGUCGGGCAGAUCGCGCGCGUGCAGCAGCCGAUGCGCGGCAAGCGCGGCAUUGUCGUGCGCGAGCGAACCGUCACCACGCCGAAACCAAGCGUCGUGCGCCUCGCAAAAGGCAUCUAUGCCAAGCGGUACGUGCGCAACAGCGCCGCGCCCGCCCGUAGCUGCCGCAGUGAUUAG